AUCUAUUGAAUGUUUGUUCUAAAUGGAUAUAUAAAGUGUGCGACGCGAGGAUAGUUGCAUAGGCUUCAGUGGAAGACGAUAAGCAUCAUGAAAUUUGCACUACUGCUUGUUAUGGCUCUCGCCGCAGUUCAGGCUGCACCCAGACCCGAACUAAUCUGGAGCAGUGCUGCGGCAGCCAGCAAAAGCUCUUCCUCAUCGAUCAGCAGCGAACAGAGUAGUAGCAGUUCUGAUUCCUCCUCAAGCUCUAGUUCACAGAGUAGUUCUGCCAGUAGCUUUGAGACAGCAUCUUCAAAUCUCAGCGAGGCAGCAAGCAGCAGUAGUGCUAAAUCAUCCAGUGUUAGUAAUGCAGUAAGUGGCAGUAAUGCCUCCUCAGGAAGCAUAGCAUCAAGUGCGAGUAAUGCGGCAAGUGGCAGUAACGCUUCCUCAGGUAGCAUAGCAUCGAGUGCAAGCAAUGCGGCAAGUGGCAGUAACGUUUCCUCAGGUAGUAUAGCAUCGAGUGCAAGCAAUGCGGCAAGUGGCAGUAACGCCUCCUCAGGAAUCAUAGCAUCGAGUGCAGGCAAUGCAGCAAGUGGCAGUAACGCCUCCUCAGGAAGCAUAGCAUCAAGUGCUAGUAAUGCAGCAAGUGGCAGUAACGCUUCCUCAGGUGGCAUAGCAUCGAGUGCAAGCAAUGCGGCAAGUGGCAGCAAUUCUUUAUCUUCUGGUGAUUUAACUGGCUCAUCCAGUACUAGCAAUGCAUCAAGUAACGCGGCAAGUAGCAGUAAAUCUGCAUCUAAUAACGGCAGCUCUAUAACUUCAAGUGCCAGCAAUGCCGCAAGUAAUGCAGCAAGCAGUAGUAACACUUCUUCCAAGAACUCUAAAGCUGCUAGUUCCAGCAAUGCCGCCAGUAGUAGUAAUUCCUCAUCAUCUUCCGAUAAUGAUUCUGAUUCAUCUAGUGCUAGCGAUGCAUCAAAUAAUGCAGCAAGUAGUAGUAAUUCUGCAUCUAGCAACAAUGGCUCCAACUCUUCAAGUUCCAGUAAUGCAGCAAGCAAUGCAGCAAGCAGUAGUAACACUUCAUCUAAGAACAGUAGCUCUAAAGCCGCUAGUUCCAGCAAUGCCGCUAGUAGCAGUAAUUCCUCAUCAUCUUCUGAUAAUGAUUCUGAUUCAUCCAGUUCUAGCGAUGCUUCAAGUAACGCAGCAAGUAGUAGUAAAUCUUCAUCUAGCAACAAUGGUUCUAACUCCUCAAGUUCCAGCAAUGCAGCAAGCAAUGCUGCAAGUAGCAGUAACACUUCUUCCAAUAAUAAUAGCUCGAACACCGCUAGUACUAGCAACGCAUCAAGUAACGCAGCAAGUAGUAGUAAAUCUGCAUCUAGCAACAAUGGAUCUAACUCUUCAAGUUCUAGUAAUGCAGCAAGCAAUGCAGCAAGCAGUAGUAACUCUUCCUCUAAGAACAGUAGCUCUAAAGCCGCUAGUUCCAGCAAUGCUGCCAGUAGUAGUAAUUCUUCAUCAUCUUCCGAUAAUGAUUCUGAUUCAUCCAGUUCUAGCAAUGCAUCAAGUAAUGCAGCAAGUAGUAGCAAAUCUGCAUCUAGCAACAAUGGUUCUAACUCUUCAAGUUCCAGUAAUGCAGCAAGCAAUGCAGCAAGCAGUAGUAACUCUUCCUCUAAAAACAGUAGCUCUAAAGCCGCUAGUUCCAGCAAUGCUGCCAGUAGUAGUAAUUCUUCAUCAUCUUCCGAUAAUGAUUCUGAUUCAUCUAGUUCCAGCGAUGCAUCAAGUAAUGCAGCAAGUAGUAGCAAAUCUGCAUCUAGCAACAAUGGUUCUAACUCUUCAAGUUCCAGUAAUGCAGCAAGCAAUGCAGCAAGCAGUAGUAACUCUUCCUCUAAAAACAGUAGCUCUAACGCCGCUAGUGCCAGCAAUGCCGCCAGUAGUAGUAAUUCCUCGUCAUCUUCCGAUAAUGAUUCUGAUUCUUCCAGUUCUAGCAAUGCAUCAAGUAAUGCAGCAAGUAGUAGCAAAUCUGCAUCUAGCAACAAUGGUUCUAAUUCUUCAAGUUCCAGCAAUGCUGCGAGCAAUGCAGCAAGCAGCAGUAACUCUUCCUCUAAGAACAGUAGUUCUAAAGCCGCUAGUUCCAGCGAUGCCGCCAGUAGUAGUAAUUCCUCAUCAUCUUCCGAUAAUGAUUCUGAUUCAUCCAGUUCUAGCAAUGCAUCAAGUAACGCAGCAAGUAGUAGCAAAUCUGCAUCUAGCAACAAUGGUUCUAACUCUUCAAGUUCUAGUAAUGCAGCAAGCAAUGCAGCAAGCAGUAGUAACUCUUCCUCCAAGAACAGUAGCUCUAACGCCGCUAGUUCCAGCAAUGCCACUAGUAGCAGUAAUUCCUCAUCAUCUUCUGAUAAUGAUUCUGAUUCGUCCAGUUCUAGCGAUGCAUCAAGUAACGCAGCAAGUAGUAGCAAAUCUGCAUCUAGCAACAAUGGUUCUAACUCUUCAAGUUCCAGUAAUGCAGCAAGCAAUGCAGCAAGCAGUAGUAACACUUCUUCCAAUAACAGUAGCUCUAACGCCGCUAGUGCCAGCAACGCUGCAAGUAGCAGUAACUCUUCUUCCGACAACAGUAGCUCUAACGCCGCUAGUGCCAGCAAUGCUGCAAGUAGCAGUAACUCUUCUUCCGACAACAGUAGCUCUAACGCCGCUAGUGCCAGCAACGCUGCAAGUAGCAGUAACUCUUCUUCCGACAACAGUAGCUCUAACGCCGCUAGUGCCAGCAAUGCUGCAAGUAGCAGUAAUUCUUCUUCCGACAACAGUAGCUCUAAUGCCGCUAGUGCCAGCAACGCUGCAAGUAGCAGUAACUCUUCUUCCGACAACAGUAGCUCUAACGCCGCUAGUGCCAGCAAUGCUGCAAGUAGCAGUAACUCUUCUUCCGACAACAGUAGCUCUAACGCUGCUAGUGCCAGCAAUGCUGCAAGUAGCAGUAACUCUUCUUCCAACAACAGUAGCUCGAACGACGCUAGUGCCAGCAAUGCUGCAAGUAGCAGUAACUCUUCAUCCAACAACAGUAGCUCUAACGCCGCUAGUGCCAGCAACGCUGCAAGUAGCAGUAACUCUUCUUCCGACAACAGUAGCUCUAACGCUGCUAGUGCCAGCAAUGCUGCAAGUAGCAGUAACUCUUCUUCCAACAACAGUAGCUCGAACGCCGCUAGUGCCAGCAAUGCUGCAAGUAGCAGUAACUCUUCGUCCAACAACAGUAGCUCUAACGCCGCUAGCGCCAGCAACGCUGCAAGUAGCAGUAACUCUUCUUCUAGCAACUCUUCUAGUGCUAGUGAGUCUUCAAGCAGUAGUUCUAGUUCUUCUUCAUCCAGCGAGGAAGAAUCCAGUUCUAGCUCCUCGUCCAGAUCAAGCGCUCAAUCUAGUUCAAGCACUAAAACUGUUACUUGGCUGGUGGAAGGUAAUAUAGAAUUCACUACAGGGAGCAACAUGAAAUUACUUCUACUUCUUGUUUUGGGCCUAGUGGCAGUUCAGGCCGGUCUGAUCAAACCAAGACCUAAACCAGAAUCAUGGAGCCUGAGCGAUGCCGAAAGUAGUAGUAGUUCCUAUUCAUCCAGCAGCAGUGAGAAAAAGAGUAGCAGAAAAGAUGGAAGCAGCUCAGAGUCGUCAUCAAGUAGCCAUUCAGAUAGCAACAGCAGCUCCUACUGGUCUGACAUAAGAAGAUUAGGAAGUAAAUCCUCCAGUGACAGUUACUCAGGUAGUAGCAGUAAUUCUUCCUCUAGAAAGGAUUCCAACUCUUCGAGCUCAAGUUACUCAGGAAGUAACAGCAAUGCCUCUUCUGGAAAGGAUUCCAACUCUUCGAGCUCCAGUUACUCAGGAAGUAGCAGCAAUGCCUCUUCUGGAAAGGAUUCCAACUCUUCGAGCUCCAGUUACUCAGGAAGUAGCAGCAAUGCCUCUUCUGGAAAGGAUUCCAACUCUUCGAGCUCCAGUUACUCAGGAAGUAGCAGCAACGCCUCUUCUGGAAAGGAUUCCAACUCUUCGAGCUCCAGUUACUCAGGAAGUAGCAGCAACGCCUCUUCUGGAAAGGAUUCCAACUCUUCGAGUUCAAGUUACUCAGGAAGUAGCAGCAACGCCUCUUCUGGAAAGGAUUCCAACUCUUCGAGCUCCAGUUACUCAGGAAGUAGCAGCAACGCCUCUUCUGGAAAGGAUUCCAACUCUUCGAGUUCAAGUUACUCAGGAAGUAGCAGCAACGCCUCUUCUGGAAAGGAUUCCAACUCUUCGAGCUCCAGUUACUCAGGAAGUAACAGCAACGCCUCUUCUGGAAAGGAUUCCAACUCUUCGAGCUCCAGUUACUCAGGAAGUAGCAGCAACGCCUCUUCUGGAAAGGAUUCCAACUCUUCGAGUUCAAGUUACUCAGGAAGUAAUAGCAACGCCUCUUCUGGAAAAGAUUCCAACUCUUCGAGCUCCAGUUACUCAGGAAGCAGCAGUGACGCUUCCUCUGGAAAGGAUUCCAACUCUUCGAGCUCCAGUUACUCAGGAAGCAGCAGUGACGCUUCCUCUGGAAAGAAUUCCAACUCUUCGAGCUCAAGUUAUUCAGGAAGUAAUAGCAACGCCUCUUCUGGAAAGGAUUCCAACACUUCGAGCUCCAGUUACUCAGGAAGUAGCAGCAACGCCUCUUCUGGAAAGGAUUCCAACUCUUCGAGCUCCAGUUACUCAGGAAGCAGCAGUGACGCUUCCUCUGGAAAGAAUUCCAACUCUUCGAGUUCAAGUUAUUCAGGAAGUAAUAGCAACGCCUCUUCUGGAAAGGAUUCCAACUCUUCGAGCUCAAGUUACUCAGGAAGUAGCAGCAACGCCUCUUCUGGAAAGGAUUCCAACUCUUCGAGCUCCAGUUACUCAGGAAGUAGCAGCAACGCCUCUUCUGGAAAAGAUUCCAACUCUUCGAGCUCCAGUUACUCAGGAAGCAGCAGCAACGCUUCUUCUGGAAAAGAUUCCAACUCUUCGAGCUCCAGUUACUCAGGAAGUAAUAGCAACGCCUCUUCUGGAAAGGAUUCCAACUCUUCGAGCUCCAGUUACUCAGGAAGCAGCAGUGACGCUUCCUUUGGAAAGGAUUCCAACUCUUCGAGCUCAAGUUACUCAGGAAGCAGCAGUGACGCUUCCUCUGGAAAGAAUUCCAACUCUUCGAGCUCAAGUUAUUCAGGAAGUAAUAGCAACGCCUCUUCUGGAAAGGAUUCCAACUCUUCGAGCUCAAGUUACUCAGGAAGUAAUAGCAACGCCUCUUCUGGAAAGGAUUCCAACUCUUCGAGCUCCAGUUACUCAGGAAGCAGCAGUGACGCUUCCUCUGGAAAGAAUUCCAACUCUUCGAGCUCAAGUUAUUCAGGAAGUAAUAGCAACGCCUCUUCUGGAAAGGAUUCCAACUCUUCGAGCUCAAGUUACUCAGGAAGUAGCAGCAACGCCUCUUCUGGAAAGGAUUCCAACUCUUCGAGCUCAAGUUACUCAGGAAGUAGCAGCAACGCCUCUUCUGGAAAGGAUUCCAAUUCUUCGAGCUCCAGUUACUCAGGAAGCAGCAGUGACGCUUCCUCUGGAAAGGAUUCCAACUCAUCGAGUUCAAGCUAUUCAGGAAGUAGCAGUAAUGCCUCCUCUGGAAAGGAUUCCAACUCUUCGAGCUCAAGUUACUCAGGAAGUAGCAGCAACGCCUCUUCUGGAAAGGAUUCCAAUUCUUCGAGCUCCAGUUACUCAGGAAGCAGCAGUGACGCUUCUUCUGGAAAGGAUUCCAACUCUUCGAGUUCAAGUUACUCAGGAAGUAGCAGCAACGCUUCUUCUGGAAAGGAUUCCAACUCUUCGAGCUCCAGUUACUCAGGAAGUAGCAGUAAUGCCUCCUCUGGAAAGGAUUCCAACUCUUCGAGCUCCAGUUACUCUGGAAGCAGCAGUGACGCUUCUUCUGGAAAGGAUUCCAACUCUUCGAGCUCCAGUUACUCAGGAAGUAAUAGCAACGCCUCUUCUGGAAAGGAUUCCAACUCUUCGAGCUCAAGUUACUCAGGAAGUAGCAGCAACGCCUCUUCUGGAAAAGAUUCCAACUCUUCGAGCUCCAGUUACUCAGGAAGUAGCAGCAACGCCUCUUCUGGAAAGGAUUCCAACUCUUCGAGUUCAAGUUACUCAGGAAGUAGCAGCAACGCUUCUUCUGGAAAGGAUUCCAAUUCUUCGAGCUCCAGUUACUCAGGAAGUAGCAGUAAUGCCUCCUCUGGAAAGGAUUCCAACUCUUCGAGCUCCAGUUACUCUGGAAGCAGCAGCAACGCCGCUUCUGGAAAGGAUUCCAAUUCUUCGAGCUCCAGUUACUCAGGAAGUAGCAGCAACGCCUCUUCUGGAAAGGAUUCCAACUCUUCGAGCUCAAGUUACUCAGGAAGUAGUAGCAACGCCUCUUCUGGAAAGGAUUCCAACUCUUCGAGCUCCAGUUACUCAGGAAGUAACAGCAACGCCUCUUCUGGAAAGGAUUCCAAUUCUUCGAGCUCCAGUUACUCAGGAAGUAGCAGCAACGCCUCUUCUGGAAAGGAUUCUAACUCUUCGAGCUCCAGUUACUCAGGAAGUAGCAGCAACGCCUCUUCUGGAAAGGAUUCCAACUCUUCGAGUUCAAGCUAUUCAGGAAGUAGCAGCAAUGCCUCUUCGAAUAAAAACAAUUCUAGCUCAUCAAGUGAUAGUAAUGCCUCUAGCAGUAGGAACUCUUCUUCCAACAAUAAUAGCUCCAACUCUUCUAGUGCCAGCAAUGCAUCGAGUAGCAGUAACUCUUCUUCUGAUGUUAAGAGCUCUAAAUAUUCAGCUAGUAGCAGCGAAGCAUCAAGCAACAGUAGUUCUUAUUCAUCAAGUUCCUCGUCCAAAAAAGGACAAUCUAGCUCCUAUUCUAGUUCGAACUCUAAGUCCAGCUCACAGUCAAGCAGUUAUGAAUCUAGGGAUGAAGACGGUUGUAACUAAUUCACUCUGAUAUUGGUUUAAAGUUAUCAAACUCUACUGAUAUUAACAUGUCGGUCAAUUUUACAACUGCAGUUGAUAUUAUUUUGAGAAAGAUUUUUUAAGCUUUAACAUUUGUACCCUUAUUUUGGCUUUAAAAUAAUUUUACGUCUCAUAUCUGAGCACAGCGUUUUUCUCCAAAGGAAACCCCUGGCAGAUAGUUUGUAGUAUUAGCUUAUUACGAAUUUUCAACUUUCUUUGUUUUGCAUACACUUUUUACGACAUCUCAGAGGUAAAAUGGAUGCAAUGUUAAUAUCAGUGUAGUUGAAAAUUACCAAUUGCUUAAUUCCGGUUCAAAGAUCAGCUAUUAGCAAGAAUUGAGGAUAGGCAUUUUGAAAUUAGGGAUAUUAAAUCAAUCAUUGGCAAUUGCUUGUUGCUGUAUCACCAUUAAUCCAUCAUCCUUUGUCUAGUAAACAUUGUUUAUUAUACAUUUCAUCAGUCUCUAAAAUAUUGUUAGAACACUUUGUAACAUUUUCAGCAUCGUUAACAUUAUAAUCAUUCGAACAAUAAUUGUACAUUAUCCAUACAUCAUUGUCCUUUUCGAAAUGUCUAUUCCUUUUUUCACUAAUAUUUUUAAAUAUUUCAGGCGUUGUUUAAAUUUUUAAAUUGUUAUUUUUUAAUAUUUUUCUUCAUUCUUUACCGUUGUCUAGAGUAUUACGUAUGGAAAGAUUGGAAAUAUCAAAAUCAAUUGCUAUUGUAACUCAGUUAUGGUACAUUUUCAUGGAACACUGAGAGAUUUUUUUACCACACAGGAGGUGAUAGUAAGUGAUUGCCACUUCCUACAGGCACCCAGAACAUCAAUGAAAUUGCAAAUGUCACGCCAGACUUUUAGAAAGGAAUAUGCUCUUUUCCUGAAGGUUUUAAUGGUGUACCUCUUAAGAAAUACUGAUGCUCGGAGUUGGUUCUAUAAUUUCUAUAAGCUGUCCGUGGAAGAAAGUACUGAAAGAAACGUACUCAGGUGGACCGUCACUCAUCCAGAUGGUCAUGAUGGAACUUUCUUGUGGCGGGUUGUAAGAGAAAGAAAUUUAGCAGCUGGUAAUAAUCUGAAUAGUUCCUCUGAAAACUCUCACACAUUUACUGCAUGAAUACUAAGUAACGAUAGAAUAUUACUACACGAACCUGUUCGCCCCACGACUGGGCAGAAUUUUCCCUGAUAAGGGAACAAUAUUACAUCACUAUUCCUUCACUUCACUUGACUACAUAAUUACUAUAGUUUUACUCUGUACUUAUGUCUCUUUCUCUUCUCUUGCUGCUUGCUCCUCUUGCAUGAUGUAAGUGUGACUUCCUUUGAGAUCUCUCACACCAAAAAUAUUGUUUGCUUAAAGAAACAGUAGUCUUACUCUGGUACAUUAUAUCACUUAUUAAAUUUUCUACAGUUAUGUGUACAGAUGACGUUUACAAAUUAGAAAAAUAAAAAAAAAAUAAAAAAAUUGUAAUACAAAAAUAUUUUGUAUCUAUGGUCAAAGCAUUGUAGACUGUAUUCUUUAACUUUUACGCAUUAAUUUACUUUAAUAUUAAGUCUUUAUUAACCAUCCUGCAUAUACUUAGAUAUAAAAAUAUCGUCAUCACCAUUUCAGCCAUUAUCCGUCCACUGCUGGACAUAGGCCUCUCCAUAGACUGCCAUAAGGAACGGUCCUGAGCCACCUGCAUCCACUGACUCCCUGCAAUGUAUUUGAAGAAGCAAUGUGUUUGGCUGCACGGAGUCGCCACUCAAGAAAUUUUAUUCUCCAUCGGUUAACAGUUCUUCGAGCUAUGUGACCAACCCAUUACCACUUCAGCUUGCUUACCCUUCGGGGUAAUAAUAUAUAAUAUAAAAAUGUGCUCUGUUUAAUAGAACUUAUAAAAAUAUAAAAAAAAAUAUAAUCAAUCGAUUGAACAUUUCGAUUGGUUACUAAAUUCACGUAGAGAGUGUUCCUAUGAAAAUCACGAUCUAUUACGUAUAUUAAGUUGAUCGAUGUCAUCGAUCGAUCGGUCAAUAAUGUAUCAUUUGUCUGUGUAUAUGUAAUAUUUCUAGAUAUUGUAAUUUUUCCAUGUUUGGCAUUAUAUAAUAUUUGUUUGGCUAUGAAUAAAUUUGAUGCAUUAUGUA